AUGUCGAGCAAUUAUGAAUCAACUAUUGUGGCCAGAGACUUCGAUACGAAAUGGGUACAGUGGCUUGCCAGACGCAAGAACCCAAGUGCUUUGUCGCAGUCCUCGUCGAUCCCACUACCCAUUCCAUCAGUUACCCUACAUGACUCCGGCUCUCUGCACUCUCGCAGUACCGCAACUACAUACUUCGCUCUGCUUUCAGGUGCCCAAGACCAGCAGCAGCCGUAUCAUCAGGGCCGACAGCAUACAGCCUCAUCAUCGAUUGAUUCCUCGUGGGUCAGACUUUUCGAUCGAGAAGCUCAAAGAUCAGGGCGGCCUAUAAAUUCAGGGGCCGGUCCUCAGCAAACGACUUCUGUCGAACCGGCCUUAACAUCCACGACUCCAAUGUUUGCGGUUUCUAGCCUUGAUCCCCUCCACCUGCCCUUGAAUGCCCCGUUCUUGGACUCGGAGGCUAUUCCCGGAACUUUAGAUAACGACCUGGUAGGAUUGGGCGACUUGGACUUUGAGUUUACUGAACAAGAUGCUGAGCUACUCACCUGGCUGGAUGACGAGUGUUUGGUUGCGUUAGAAAAUCCCGUGGGCUCUAAGAAGCGCAGUCUCGAUUUUCUGGAUGAAUUAUCCGUCAGUAAGAAACAAUUGGUCGAUCGUCAGUCAGGGUCAGAUUCCGGAGUGGAAUUCUCCUCUUCAUUUCCUAGUGAGCGCUGUACAUUUGAACUAAGUACUAGCAGAAAGGCCCUUGCAGGAUAA